AUAUUGUGUGUAAUUUGACCGCUUAGUAGCGAUUUCCACAAUCUUGAUUUUACGAUAUUCCUUUCAAAGUGUGUUACUCGAAUUUAAAAAAUGAGUGUAAAUUUCCUUUCUCGGCUUCGUUUCGGACAUCACAAUUACGCUCGUUUUCAUAUAUUCGGGCCACAAACUUUUAGCUCAUAUCACAAUAUCGACGUUAUCGAUAAAUCGCCUUCUUGUGACCUUAUGAUAUUAAUUAUUAUUUUUUAAAACAUUAAUUAGACCAGUACAUUCAAAAAGACGUCAUAUAAAUCCCCGAAAAUUUCUUUUAAAUUGAUAUAUAUGUACAGGUAGAACUAAUUCCCAAAAGUAAAAUAUGGGUUAGUGCAUCAUUCCUAGAGAUAAUGAGCAAUACAUAUAAAUCCAAGCCAUCCAGACUGGUAAUUAAAUUAUUGCACUAUAUCAUCGGCGAGAAAAAUUUGGCCAAUAUGACACUUACUGGGGGAAAGGGGACGAAAAAAAUCCCAAAGAAAACUGUUAAAGCAAUUCGAGAAUAUGUACACUGGAAUACACGGAGAAAAUUAAGACUGGAUUUGGGAGAUUUCAAUCGUGUGAUUACAAAUGCAUGCUACGCAGCAAGAAUAAAAUUCAAAAAUGAAAAAAAAAAAGAAAUAACAAGAAGAGGUAUACUACAAGAAGGUAACAUGACGGAGAAAGAUCAGAAAGAUAAUCAGGAAGCUGAGAAAGGAACUGCUGUUACAAAGAAGAAAAUGGUUUUAAAAGAUUUCGUCAAAAAAAAUAGAAAACAAAAAUAAUGUAAUUCAUGGCGUAAAAUAAUUAAUAAA